AUGUCCCCUCACCCUCAGGCGACCACGGGGACCUUCAUGAAGCUCACGAGGAGCUGGAUAAACCUUGUGGCAGACCCACCAGCGACCGGGGCGCAGCAGCAGCACGUGGUGCCGGUGAGCGGGGACCGGGACGGGGCUGGGCGGCUGCUACCGGGAACCCCAGGACGGGGCUCGGCGGCUGCUACCGGGGACCGGGACCGGGCUCGGCGGCUGCUACCGGGGAUUCCUGGACCGGUACAGGGAUACCGGCAGUGGACACAACAGCUCUUCCGGAUACACCGGGACCUGUCCCGUGGGCUCUUACGGGGAACGCUGAUGCCGGAUACAGAUAACGGGGACACCGGCCCGGGGCACAUCCCGAAUGCCGCCCUCCCUCCCCGCCCCCUCGGUGCCCACGUGCGCUCCCGCCCCGGCGCCGCCGGGGUUAAGCUCGGCGGAGGGAUCUCCCCCCCCGCCCCGCCCGGCAGCGUGCGCUGCGGCCGCGCGCGCGCCGUCACACCCCCCGCGCCCCCCCCCGCCGCGGCCGCAGCGCCCGCCCGCCGCGCACCGUCUCCCUCCGCCCGCAGCCCCCGCCGCCCAAAGUAG